CUUCAAACACAAAUACAACUUCAAGUUCGACUCCUCAUUCCUCUCCACCAAAAUGAUCGCCGAAACAAGUAGAGCAGGAAGAGUUGCAUUGACAGCCAUCUCAAGGCGAUCAAUACCACAUAAGAGCUUCCAUACGUCAUCACGCCGUUGUAAAGAGUCGAAAGAGGAAGAAAACCAAUCAAACGCAUCCUCUUCCUCACAAGAAUCAUCAGCGAAAGCGGCAAAGAAAGGAAGUAUCGCAGAAGCAGAUGAACGAAUUCGACAAAUGUUGUUAGACAGGGAUGGAGGACCAGCAUCCGUACCAACGAGAGAAGGUAAAUGGGAUCAAGAUAUGGGAAGGGAAACUGCAAGACAAAUGUUUAGAGUUUUAGAUCAAACGAGACAAAACAAUCCGGGAACGGAUACGGCAAAAGGAGAAGGAGAAUCUAAACAUUGGAACAGAAGGAACUAUUAAGGUAGCAUACACAUGCACACAAAUGAUUGUACAUUACUAAAACCUCACAAACAAACAGAUUAGUCGAGCAUG